AUGACAUACUCGAAAUCUAUUUCCGGCCUACUUCUAUUCUUAGCUCUUGGGGAAGUCACGAUGAUCCAAGCUGCCUAUAAUAGCUUGUUGUUCACCGAAGACUUUUUCCCUUUGAUUAAUUCACGUCUCGAUCCUAUCGUCAAUCCUGGUAAAGUCAGUGGGCACGUCCAUCAUGUAGUGGGUGGAUCAGCGUUUUCCGCUUCUAUGGAUUAUGCUUCAGCUAGACAAUCCAAGUGCACCUCGUCGAACCUUAAUUGCGAUUUGUCAAACUAUUGGACACCUCAACUGUACUACAAAUGGAGAAACGGGAGUUACACUGCUGUCACAGGCGACGGUAUGACAAAUUACUGGAAAUACCCUCUGACCAAUGUGGACGAAACGACUCCCUUCGCAUCUAUCCCGGACGACUUCAGGAUGCUGGCUGGCGAUAUCAAUCGAGAUGAUUACGAUCCGAACAAAGCUGUUAGUUGGUUAUGUGUAGACGCUCAAUACAGUUAUGAUUAUACCGACUAUAUUCCCAUGGACAGAGAAUGCCUCACACUUCGUCCUCAGCUUCAUUUCCCCGAAUGUUGGAAUGGUGUAGACUCGUACAAGGAAGAUAACUCCCAUGUGGCGUAUCCUAUUGACGCAAAUCCCGAAGGAGGCGUUUGUCCGGAUGGGUUCAAGAAGAUUCCUCAUCUGUUCAUGGAAAGCACAUACCAUAUCAAGACCGAAAACAUCGGUGAAGGAUAUGAGUGGUAUCCCGGUUGUUUCGUUCUGGCUAACGGAGAUAAUAAUGGAUUCUCAUUCCAUGGCGAUUGGCUUAACGGUUUCCCCACGAACUUCUUGGUCGACGCUUUUGAUCAAUGCUAUGAUGAAGGUGUGGGGGAAUUCAUUAAGGAUUGUCCCUAUAUUACGCAAUUCAGAGGUGAUAUAGGUAGAGAUUGUGUGACCGAAGGUGAUGUGAUUAACGAACUGGUUGGUCAACAUUUCGCGAUCCCAGCUUUACCAGGAAACAACCCUGAAUACAACUCUUCCAAAUACUCUGAUAAUUACCCCAAGGGGUCCAUACCGGGAUACACCGAACAAGCUUCUAUCGUCAAAGCUUCUGAUGCGACUGGCGGGUUCUGCGUUACCGGUGUUUGUACAGAUUAUGUCGGCGGGGAUGUUGUCGUUCAAGAUGCUGCUGCGCCAGCUACUACUGCUGGCACUGGUACUGGUACUGGUAAUUCCACUGCUGGUAUGUCUUCCUCGAUUACAGAGGUACCUGAUGCCACUGCAUCAGGUCCUACAACUGCCGAUUCCGCUACUGCUGGCACUGCAACUGGCAUGUCAUCCUCAAAUUCACCUACUGCCACUACCAGCGAUCUAGGUCUCGAUGCUACCAUGUCGAUCCUACCCAUAUCUUCCAUCGAGCCUGUGGACGCUUCUGAGUCACUCCCAACCUUAGGAGCGGUUGAGACUAGUGCAGCUCCAUCACUCACUACGUCCCACAGAUGGGGAGGAAGUAGAUGGUCUAGAAGAUCAGGUAAAAGGAGAUUAUGA